CUUUGCCAAGGGUCAAUUUCAGGAUGCGGUUUAGCUUCGCAUUGCUUCUUUUGGUGGUAGGCUUGGUUGCCAAUGCCAAGUAUAUCGUGCCAGGUGGGAGGUGGCAUGACACAGAUGGCAAUUUGAUCAACGCGCAUGCGGGCGGAAUCACCAUCGAGCCUGAAAGCGGGCGCUUUUUCUGGUUUGGCGAAUACAAAGUAGAAGGGCAAGAAGAAGGCGGCGGUGUAUCGGUCUACAGCUCUGAUGACUUGGCCACUUGGACUUAUGAAGGGCUCGCGCUUGAGCCUGUCGAGGGCCACCAGUACAUUUCACCAGAGCAUAUAAUCCAAAGACCCAAAGUCGCCUACAGCGAAAGCCUUGACCAAUACCACAUGUGGUGGCACGCAGACAACUCGUCCUACGGCUGGCUCCUGCAAGGUCUCGCCGUGUCCGACAAAAUCAGCGGGCCGUAUUCCUUCGUCAACGCCACGGCGCCACUCGGCAACUGGUCGCAAGAUUUCGGGAUGUUCACGGACCACAAAGACGGGCGAACGUACGCGCUGUACUCGAACGGCGAUCGGAAAGAGGGCCGCGACGUCUAUGUCACUGAGUUUAAUGACGAGAUCUCUGCGCUUGAUGAGGUGAGGUUCAGGUUUGACAAGUUUGAUCUUGAGGCGCCUACGAUUGUGCAGACGGAGAAGAGCUACUACGCGUUGAUGAGCCACAAGACUGGUUAUAGGCCUAACAACGUUGUUGCUUUCCGUUCGGAUUCGAUUGAGGGGCCUUGGUCUCAGCCGUUUACUGUUUCUCCGCCGAACACUCGAACUUUUAAUUCGCAGUCUGGCUUCUCAUUGAGAAUUGUCGGGAAGAAGGCUACUACGUAUCUUUACAUUGGUGACCAAUGGGACUCUAAUUCUCUCUGGGAGAGCCGCUACAUAUGGCUGCCUAUUCAAAUUGACGACGAGAAAAAGACACUGGACCUCGUCUGGCAAGACGUGUACGACCUAGAUGUUGAAUCCGGAGAAUGGAGUCCCGUCGAAGGCACGACCUACUACGGCAACGACGCCACGACCAAUGGCGAAGCAUUCAAGCAAGAAGCCAACUUCGCCAGCAACGGAACGAUACUGACAGGAAUCUACGGGAACGACAGCACCGUGACGUUCCACGGCAUAAAAGGAGAGGGGAAACUGCAAUGGGUGUCCUUCUACUACCAAAACACGGACGACAUGGGCUUCGGCGACCAACCCGGCGGCUCGCCCGACCGCUACGGCGGAAGCUGGCAGCUGCGGCGCAUCAGCAGCGUGGUGGUGAACGGGGACACGGCGAACGUGCACACGCUCUUCCAGCGCGACACGAACAAAGGCGUGAUUCUGUCGACGCCGCUGCUGCUGCCGCUGGAAGAGGGGGAUGACAACACGAUUACGGUUGGGGGGUUGGAUAAUGGGGUCGAUUUUAAAGGUGCGGACUUGGAUCGCGUUGUUGUUUAUCCUGCUGAGGUGUGAGGGGCGAUGGUUGUGGUGGGUGCAGCGGGGGCUUGUUAAUGGCGUUUUGGUUGGUGCGUGUCGGAUAGUGAGUGGGGUUGAAGUUGUGUGAGGCUACUUUCUAAGGGGAGAACGUGCAAUGUUUAGAGAUUGCAAUUGGCCAAAAAGAGCCCUCGGCUGGUUGUGACACUUGACGCGUUCGCGUCGGUCACGCGUCCUUGGGCAGUAGUUACACAGCAGACGCCACCUUGCGCCACAAUGCAGUGAGGCUUCGCCAUAAAGGCAAUAGAAACAAGUUGAACAGCGACAAUACUAUCGAGAGCUCUAAGACUUUACAAGGACCCAGCUCUUCUUGCCGUGGAUAUCUCUUCUCAAUUACACACCCGUCCCAAGCCAACCCAACACAACGCUCUAAUCGUUACAAACAACCCAAGCUCGUAAUACAUGCGCAAAUCGUU